AUGAGUCCAAUUACAACAACUAUGCGAUCAUCAUCAUUUCAAUCAUGUGGUAUAUCUGAAGAAUCUUAUUGUGCACCAUGGGAUUUAAAAAUACAAAAAGAAAAAUUCAAAUUACUUAAUGAACAAUGUCAAAUAUCAUCAUCAAACACUAGUACACCAUUAGUCAAGAAUCUACUUCGUUCUUCGAAUAUAAACAAUCAAUCAACAUCUUCAUCAUUGAAUCAUAAUCAUAGAAAUAAGUUAUUGCAUCAAACUUGUUUAGCACCGACAUCAUCAUCAUCAACAAAAAAAUCUUUAAUACAACUUGACUUAAUACCACCUGAACUUCCUCCAUUACCACCGGGUGGUUUAGUACCAUUGUGUCAAUGUGGUAUUAAUAAUAAUAUUCGAAAUAAAAAUUCGAUUAUUGAAAAUCUCGAUCUAUCAUUUAAAAAAAACUCUCAUUGUCUCAAUACACAUACGAUUUGUUCAGGCACAGAUACUUCACAUAGUUUUUUAUUUGCUUUAACAUCACCAUCUAAUAAGCGUAGUAAAACAAUUAAUACAACAACAACUACGGAUAAUACACAACCUAUAUCAUUUGAAGCAUCUUUAUUUCAUUUUAAACAUUUAAAUUCAUCGAUUCAAAACAAUUCUUUACAUAAAAUACAGACAACUUAUGAUCAACCAUGGGAUAAUUUACAAACAUGUUUUUUCAAUAAUCUUUCAUUGACAAAUAAUCGUAAUGGAGGAUCAUUACAAAAGAUGUCAAAUACAGAACAAACAAAACAAUAUUGUUCAUCAUCAUCAUCAAAUUCUUUGACUUCUACAUGUCAACAUUUAGAAGAUAUAAGAAAAAUUCCAAUUGAUUGUUAUUUUUGGUAUCAUCAUGCAAUGUCUCGACGAGAAGCUGAAAAUAUUUUACAAUCUCGUCCAUCGGGUAGUUUUCUUGUACGACAAAGUGAAAGUGGAAAUCACAAUGAUUAUUCACUUUCUAUUAGAACAAUAAAAGGUUGUAUGCAUAUGCGUAUAUGCUAUUCUGAAGGUUUCUAUAUUCUUGGUGAAUGUUCAAGACCAUUUUCAAGUGUAUCAUGUAUGAUUAAAUAUUUUAGUCAAACAUCUGUACCUAUUCGUGAUGCAGCACAUAUUAAAUUAGGUACACCGGUAUUACGAUGGGAAAUAUUAACAUCAUCAUCAUCAUUAUCUAAUGAAGCACUUUUGUAA